UUUUCCGUACGCCUGGGCUGGGCGGGCAGUGAUAGAGCUGGAGCCGGGUGCAGGAUCGGGCUGCGGGUUGUGCCGCUGAAGCUGAGGAUGCGAUGCCCGGGGAGAGAUGAGAGUGCGAGCGGCGGACAGGGAGCCCGGGGCCGCCAGUGCCCUGUCGCUGCUUCCCGUUAGCCUGGUGCACGGGCUGUGCGCUGCGGUCUGUGCUGCCGCUUACUGCACCGGCCUGAGCGGGGAGCUGGUACAUGACGAUGUCUGGGCGAUAGUCAACAACCCGGACCUGAGACCGUCUGCCCCGCUCACCAACAUCUUCCACAAUGACUUCUGGGGCAAGAGCAUAGGGGAGAGCAGCAGUCACAAAUCCUACCGACCCCUCUGCACCCUCACCUUCAAGUUGAACAUCCUGCUGGGUGGUAUGACUCCAUUGUACUUCCACAUGGUCAAUCUAGGCUUGCACUGCACCGUGACCUCAUUGUUGCUCUACACAUGUGACACAGCCGUGUUCCGAGACCGGCGCCAGGCGUUCUUAGUUGCUGUUCUCUUCGCCGUACACCCCAUUCACACUGAAGCUGUAACAGGCAUUGUGGGGCGAGCAGAUGUAUUAGCUUGUGUCCUCUUCCUACUGGCUUUUCUCUCCUAUCUUAGGAGUGUGAACAGUAGCUACAUUGGAAAAAGUUUCCCUCCAACCAGUUCUCCAUUCUUCCUGUUGCUAAGCCUGUUCCUGGGUACCUGUGCAAUGUUGGUUAAAGAGACGGGCAUCACGGUCUUUGGAGUGUGCCUUAUCUACGACCUUCUCGUUCUGUGCUCUAACAGACUCCCAAUAAACCUAUCUGCUGACAGGAUCAGAGGACUGCUAAAAUUGUCUGCACCGUAUCUGAAGAGAGCUGGUUUUGUAACUGUGUAUGUUCUCCUCAUCCUGUUUCUCCGUGUGCGGAUCAUGGCAGGCUCCAUGCCGAACUUCUCCGAGCAGGACAACCCAGCUUCGUUCUCCCCUUACCUCCUCACUAGGUUUCUCACGUACACCUACCUGCUGGCCUUCAAUGCCUGGCUGCUGUUAGCACCAAUAACUCUCUGCUAUGACUGGCAAGUAGGCAGCAUCCCAUUGGUGGAGUCUUUGUGGGACACGAGGAAUGUGGCAACUGUGGUGUUCGGUCUUGCCAUGUUACUGUUGAUGUGGAACUGCUUACUGUCUGUACAGAAACUGAAGCACAGAGAGGUGUUAGUGGGCUUGCUAUUCCUGGUCUUUCCAUUCAUCCCUGCCAGCAACCUCUUUAUCAGAGUGGGCUUUGUGGUGGCAGAGCGGGUGUUGUACAUGCCCAGUAUGGGAUACUGCAUCCUGGUCGUCCAUGGCUUGAAUCGAUUGUGUGGCGUUCUCAGUAAAUGGGGAGCUACUGUUCUCACGGUAACCAUGUUGCUUGUAGUAGGACUGUUCUUCUGGAAGACCCUGAAACAGAACGAGGUGUGGUUGUCCAGGGAGGCUCUGUUCAGAUCUGGUGUUCAGACUUUGCCCCUUAAUGCCAAAGUGCAUUACAACUAUGCCAACUUCCUGAAAGACUACGGUCGCCACGAUGAAGCUGUUUACCAUUAUAAAACAGCUUUGAGGUUGUAUCCACGCCACGCCAGUGCACUCAACAAUCUUGGCACAUUGACCAAAGAUGUGUCAGAGGCGGAAGUCCACUAUAGAGAGGCCUUAAAACUGAACCCGCAACACAACCGUGCGCUGUUCAAUCUGGGGAACCUGUUGAAAUCCCAGAAGAAGCUGGCUGAGGCUGAGCAGUUACUGCGCGACUCUGUUCGGUUUGGCCCCCAGUUUGCUGAUGCCUACUCCAGCCUUGCAGCUCUGUUGGCCGAGCAGGAACGAUUUGGAGAAGCUGAUGAUGUGUACACGCGUGGCAUUGAAAACUGUCCUGAGAACUCAGACCUGCACAACAACUAUGGAGUCUUCUUAGUUGACCGAGGAAAAGGGUUUGGAGCUUCAGGUCAUUACCUGCACGCCAUUCAGCUCAAUCCCAAACACUACGUUGCCAUGGUAAAUCUCGGUCGACUGCUACGUUCGGCAAACAAGAACAAGGAGGCAGAAGCAUGGUACAAACGAGCACUAGAGAUCACCAGGAGCGUGGAUGUUCUGUCUCCUCUCGGAGCUCUGUACUACAACACAGGCAGGUACGAGGAAGCCCUGCUUAUCUACAAAGAGGCAAUUAUGAUGCAGCCCUCAAACAGUGAACUUAAACUGGCAGUGGCCCAGGUUCUCUCUGUGGCUGGCAGAGCCAAAGAAGCUGAACGACUCAUUAACCAAGUAGUGAGUGAAAGGAAUGACUGCCUAGAGUGUCAACGCCUCUUGUCUGUUAUCUACAGUAAAACGGGAAACCUGAAGGAAGCACUCGAUGCUGUCAAAAGAGCCAUGCAAAUGAAGCCCAAAGACCCGAAAAUCCUUGCGGAACUCUAUUUUUCAGAAGGGAAUCUAUUGAGGGAGCUAAAUCAGCUGGAUGUGGCGUUUGAGAGCUAUAAGCAGGCGGUAGGGUUGAGCCCAGAUCUGUCGCAAGCUUGGAUGAACAUGGGAGGUAUCCGGCACAUAAAGGGUGACUACAAAGCAGCUCGUGAGUACUAUGAGAAAGCCCUGGAACUGGUGCCAAAUAGCAAGAUACUGCGGGAAAACCUCAGUAAAUUAGACCGCCUGGAGAAGAAGUUACAAGGACAAAGGAGAGAUGAGCAGCACCCUCAGGAAUCUAGCACAAGGUGACAGAUGAAUGGCCUGCUCGUGACUGUGACGUCACACAGAAAGAAGCAGAAGGACCUUGGUUCUUGUACAGCCCCAAAUGACAGAAGCAACAAAGGGAUCUUUCUGCUGUGAAGUAAAGCAUUGAUUGUGCCUGGGGUUGUACAGCUACAAGUUGGUGCACCUCACCUGAGCUCAAAAAAUGUUCAUCACAAUUGAGAAUUUCUCCAGCAUCUUGAGUUCUUUAUUAAACUCCUUCAUAUGUUAGGUAAAGUCCAAGAUAAUGACAAAGCCACUGUUGAGUCUAAGAAACUGCACCCUCUACCAUCCACUUCAGCUCUUCCUGCAGGGGUUGGUGUUAUUUGCAUGGGAUGAGAUUUGACAAAACAAAAUUUAUCCAUCCUAAUGCAUACCAAAAAAAAUGAUGGAACAGAAUUGAAUACUCAGAAACUAGCCACAGUGAGGGAGUGAACAACAGAGCCCUUCACUCCAGCCUAUAUUUAAGAGCAGGCUGUUCGAGAAAGUGUGACUUUCUCCCCUUGUCUAUGCUAACCUUACUGGACACUGUGAAUAUAGAGUAGAGCAUUCUGUAUUGAAGCUAGUCAGGAGCAAAACAUUCCAUCCAAGUCAUUCAAUACGCAUCACAGUAUUUGAGUGUUUAUCCUCUAAAGGUUAAGAUUGCUCCAUUUUCCUGAUAAGUCACUCAAGUGGGAAUGUUAGAAGUAAGAUUUGUUGUUGAAUAAAGAUAACAAGCUGAAAGGGAGACAUCCAUUUUGAGUUACAACUUUGAGACACAAAGCGUCAGUUCCCUGUGCAGGCUGUGCAUAGAUCUUCCCCAGGGUUGAGAUCUUUCUCAGUGUUCAAGCAUCUUUGGACAACCAGGAUUGAGAGCACUCUCAGUUGCAGAGCAGACUGAGUUCACUUGUCUGACACAAGGAGAUCGAUGGCUGAAACAGGAGAGUGUCCUGUUUCCAGGCAGGGCACUGGAGGAGUAUAACCCAGAAUCAUUGAGGAAGUGAUUGGAAGACAUGAUGGAAGAACUGUAGAGUCUUUCUAGAUGAGUAAGCAACAUGGAGCUGAAGCGCUUUCCUGACCUGUGUGUCCAGUGAAGAUAGGCCUAUUUAACGUUCUCUGUUUUGAGACUUUGGAAAAUAAGUAUUAAUUACUAUUUUAAAGAUUUACAAAGUUAAUGAGUUAAGUUUCCUUCCAUGUAUUUAAAACAAAGCAGGGAAAGUAUUUCUCUUUGGCACAGUGGAAGGCCAGUGCCCAGAGCUAUAUUAUACAUUCCUUGUUGCUCUCCAUUUCACCCAGCUAGUGUUGAGGAGUGGGACUGAGUGUAUCCUCAAGGCCCCAGCUGGGCUAAGAGCUAAUCACUGCUUAUCCAAUGAUUAAUACCCACUGGACUUAAUUAGUGGAAGGCACCAGUAGAGCUCUGCCUAGGGAAUUUGACAACAUCUUCAAGUGGGAGUGAAGAAAAUUAGCAGAAUUUUUUUUUAGCAUGGGGGAAAUACCAAACUCAAAUAAGCUUCCUGCAGCCUGCAUCUUGAAUGUCCCGAAUGUAAAGAAUGUUUAUUUCUACAUCUCCGGGAGCUGAUGGGUCAGACAUCUUGCUCCAUAAUUUUGAUGGCAGCAAAUUGUGAUUGGCCCUUUCAAAGUAGGUUUGUACUUACUCAUCAUUAUCAUUGAACAUGCUGGCACAGUGUUGCCAUGCCACCAGGGCACUGCAGAUGUCUUGCCCUGAUUAAUACCCAGGGUGGAUCUUCUUGACCUUGCUGACUCCUUCCCAACCCUGUAGUUCCCAUCAUCCCUUGGCUGGCAUGCAUAGUGCACUAGCCUAUUCCCCCCCCUCCAAAGGCACCCCCACAGCCCUCCUUUAAAUAACACCACACACACACACCCCGACCUCUGCGUCGUUGUACAAAUUCGCACAACUCACAUUGGGCAUUUGUACAAAAAGCACAACUUGAAAUCCUACCGUUGUAAUGAGAUCAAAGUGACAGCAAUUGACACAUUAAUUGUUUGGUGGCUGAACACGUGAAAAUUGUGGAGUCUUGCAGAAUGAAGAAAUCUUAUCUACUCUCAAGGUUGUGACCAAUGAUUAUGCCAUUCAAGCUGCAGACAUGUUUUUAAGUAUCUCUAUUUUUACAUAGAAUCUAUAAUUUAUUUAUGAAUAUUAAGUAUUAAAGCUAUAAUAUAUGUCAUUAUUGCUAUAUGUGUAAAACAUGAAGAGAUGUUGGUGUGUGUUGUUUCCAUUAUGUAUGCACUAAGCCUGUUGAUUUUAAAUGCAAACAUCUUAUAAAGUUGAAAUGCGAAGAGGCACACAGUUUGGGACUACAGUGGAGCUUCAGUUCUGAAGAAGAGCCAUAUCGGACUCGAACAUUAACUCUGUUUCUGUCUCCAGAGUUUCUCCAGCUGUUACUCUUUGUUGCAGGUUCCCAGCAUCCACAUUAUUUUGUUUUUACUUUUGUAUUUUUGGAAAAUAAUUUUAUGAAAGCAAGGGUAAGCAAUUCAACAUAGGGUGGGAAAGUGAAAUUGAUAUUGGCAUUCUGCCAAAAUGAAGCAGGAUCAAGUGGCUAACCUCUGUUCUAUUUCUUUAUGUUCAUUUUCAUUGAACCUAUUCUUCUGCUCAGUCUCUGGCCCUCCUUGCAUUGUUUAAUCUCCAGACUCUGUCUCAAUGGGCUCUGUUCUACUGUACAAAACUGGACCCAAUCUCACUAAUGACAACAAUUUACCGAUUGAUUUAUUGAUCAUGCCGCUGGAGAGAGAGAAAGAGACUGGAGAUUGCACUGGUCACUAAAUGAGCUCUGUUGACGCUAGUGGAUUUUUCUACAAAGCUGUGUUUAUUCCAUUUCCUUAAUUUACAAAGUGGAUGCAUUUAAGCUCACAAAACGUCCGAUGUACCAUGAACAAUAAAACUGUUCAUUCGUC